CUCGAAGUUGCGAAGGAGAUGAAGAUCGAUCUUUGAGCCUCUGCUUGUAGCAAUAGAUUUCAUCUGUUUCUAGGUCUUUCUCAGAAUCACUGAUUGUGCAAAUGUAAUUUCAAAGCUGGAGGAAGCUUCGGAAGUUGAUCCAAAGCUGCUCUACACUCUCUGGUGCUUGGGAAAUACUCAUACUAAAAUGGCAUUUACGACUCCUGAUCGAGAUGAGGCUAUGAUUUACUUUGACAAGGCGUCCCGGUACUUUCACCGAGCUCUUGAUGAGGAUCCACUGAAUGAUCUUUAUGUCAAAUCCAUAGUUGUCUCUCACAAGGCACUUGGCUUGCACAUGGAGUUUCAUAAGCAAGGUGUGGCUCCGCUGGCUAUGGGAAUUGUUGGUCCUUGGUCUUCCUACUCUGCAAAGACUGCAAAGAAAAAGAACACUGAUCUUAAGUUGGACGUAUUUGGAUGGAUGAUCAUCGCAGGCUGCAUUGUUGCAUUGCUGGGGUUAGCAAAAUCUCAUGUUCCCCCGUCACCUUCUGGAUGAGUCGAGCCUUUAUCUCAUUUAUGAACUACUAUGUGUUUUGGAAUUACAUUCAUCACUGCUGUUUUUUCUGGUUUGUUGAACAUGUCUGUGCCCUUAGGGAGUUAAACUUUUGGACGAAGUCAUGUUUUCGCCAUAUGAAGACUGUUUUAAGUAGAUGGUAUGUUUAAGAUAUGAUGAUAUUUAAAUUUCCUCAAGUUGAGAAGCUGUUACCUAGAUAUAAUUCCUUGUUAUUUUUUUGUGUUUCUUUGUCCAUUCCCAAGCCUCGGUUCUAAUUUCGUAUGUCUGUAGCUGCAAAAUAUUUUCAGCUAGACUUUUCGUUGCCUUAAGCAAUGUAAUAUACAUUCAUAACUCUUCUACUAUCAUCCCUGCAUUUCCACCUUGGCCAUCAAAAACAACAUUAAUCUUUGCCCUCAAACAGAAUAGU